AUGGCCCAAUAUACACAAGUUGAGCUCCUCACACUCCAUGGACCGGUAUUUCGUCGCGUUUCAGCAGCUCCCCCUCGACCGGCUACGGACGAUGAGAUUCCUAUCAUUGAUCUAGGCACAAUCGAUGAUGGCUUUGAAGCCAGAGAAAACAUUGCAUCUAAGAUCAAACAUGCAGCAGAGAACAUUGGAUUUUUCUAUAUCAAAAACCAUGGUAUCGACGAGGAGCUCAUAGAAAGGGCCCUGGCAAGUGCCCAGGCCUUUUUUGGCCAAACGGAUGAGCAAAAAAACCAGGCUCACGAUAGAUAUCGUGGAGUUGGAAGCACACAGAUAAAUAAAAAAGAAACCAAAGACCGGAAAGAGACCUUCUUUCUUCCAUAUAACCCCAGAAAUGACCCCACGCUCGCCGACCCCGCAACCCUUCCCCAUAAAAACCAACAUCUAGACAGUGAAAACGAUUAUUUUUGGCAGGGAACUGGCCAUAUUUCAGACUUCAAAGAGACAACCAUUGAAUUUUGGCAACGUCGCCUCAUCCUCGCUCGCAAGGUAAUCCGCAUUUUCGCAUUGGCUCUUGAUAUGCCCGAGAACUACUUCGACGAAGUCAUCACACAGCCAGGUGCAGAUGGCCUCUACAUACACUACCCAGGUUUACCAGAAGUUAUCUUCGAGGGCACCGAAGCCGAUGUCGGUAUUGGUUCGCACACAGAUAUUCAAUGCAUUACCCUUCUUUGGCAGGAUAUGUCUGGGGGUUUACAAGUGUUGUCAGCCAGUGACGAAUGGCUUGAUGCACGACCUAUCCCUGGCACAUUAGUUGUCAAUAUUGGAGACUUUUUACAGAGGUUGUCUAAUGAUAGAUUCAAGUCUACUGUGCAUCGGGUUUACAAUCGACAGUCUACUUCGCGAUAUUCUAUGCCAUUUUUCUUGGGAUUUAAUCCUGACUCGGUCUGUCAGGUUGUCCCGUCUUGUAUCGAUGAAGAACACCCUGCUUUAUACGAGCCUAUUACUUGUGGGAAAUGGCAUCGGGAUCGAAUGGCGCUUGCGCAGGGGAAGCUCUCGUGGCAAGAAUCUGGCUAUAAGUCUACAUAG